AUGGACAUGCUGGACCCGGGUCUGGAUCCCGCUGCCUCGGCCACCACUGCUAACGCCGCCAGCCACGACAAGGGACCCGAAACAGAAGAAGGUGUCGAGCUGCAGGAAGGCGGGGACGGCCCUGGGGCUGAAGAGCAGACGGCGGUGGCCAUCGCCAGCGUCCAGCAGGCGGCGUUCGGCGACCACAACAUCCAGUACCAGUUCCGCACAGAGAAUAAUGGAGGACAGGUGACAUACCGUGUAGUCCAGGUGACUGAUGGUCAACUGGAUGGCCAGGGUGACGCGGCUGGCGCGGUCAGUGUGGUGUCCACGGCUGCCUUCACUGGGGGUCAGCAGGCCGUGACCCAGGUGGGUGUGGACGGGGCAGCUCAGCGCCCAGGCCCCACCGCUGCCUCUGUGCCCUCAGGUCCCGCAGCACCCUUUCCUCUGGCUGUAAUCCAAAACCCCUUCAGUAAUGGUGGCAGUCCCGCAGCCGAGGCUGUCAGCGGGGAGGCGCGCUUUGCCUAUUUCCCAGCCUCCAGCGUGGGAGAUACUACGGCUGUGUCGGUACAGACCACAGACCAGAGCUUGCAGGCAGGAGGCCAGUUCUAUGUCAUGAUGACCCCCCAGGAUGUACUGCAGACAGGAACACAGAGGACGAUUGCACCCCGGACGCACCCCUAUUCACCGAAAAUCGAUGGAACCCGAACACCCCGGGAUGAGAGAAGGAGAGCUCAGCACAACGAAGUGGAACGGAGGCGGAGGGACAAGAUCAACAACUGGAUUGUCCAACUUUCAAAAAUCAUUCCAGAUUGUAAUGCAGAUAACAGCAAGACGGGAGCGAGCAAAGGCGGGAUCCUGUCGAAGGCCUGUGACUAUAUCCGGGAGCUGCGUCAGACCAACCAGCGCAUGCAGGAGACCUUCAAGGAAGCUGAGCGGCUGCAGAUGGACAACGAGCUCUUGAGGCAACAGAUAGAGGAGCUGAAGAAUGAGAAUGCCCUGCUUCGAGCUCAGCUGCAGCAGCACAACCUAGAGAUGGUGGGCGAGAGCACUCGGCCGUGA